AUGGCCAAAAAAGACGCCUCUUUGCGCUUUGAUCUACAGCCCGACAAGCUAGACUUCGAAUCGGAUAUCGGCCACACCCAGGACAUCGGUACUCGCCUUGUCGACGAUCCAGUCUAUCGACAGAGGCUGGAUCUUUGGGAACAGCUGCUUCGCUACCGGCAGCGACACUAUGGAGACAGAGGGACACUGGAUAUCUGGAUAGCUUUGACAGACCGAGUGGAGGGUGUCGACCUGCCCGUGGUCGGGGAACAAGCCGAUUUCUUCUGGCACAGUUUUGUUGAUUUGGGUUUCAAGCGGGAAGUUAUCAUGGGAGAGGUGUUGGCUUACGCGCUGGAGCUUUGGAAAAGGACUGGCAGCCGAUGGGACAAAUUUUACGAAGUCGUCGUUGGUGGAUACCUCGAGCGAAGUAUGACCCAGCAUGCUAUUCGAUGGCAUAAGAAACUUCAGCAUCCCCAUCUAUCCUGUCCAAAUGACAUAAUGAAGGUGUUUUAUCCAGCUCUAACUAUGAUCAACGAAUCGACCAAAACUGUCCUACCAACGACGAUCACACGACGCUCUGUAUCUCCUGGCAUUAGCGCUUUCAAGAACAUAUGCCGAUUCACGGACGAUCAUCAGAUAUAUGGCUGUGCCAUCCCACAGCUGUUGAAAUUGGGUCGUGUUGAGGAUGCAUUUUCGCUGCAUUCGUUUCUGGUUGAGAGACAUGACCAUCCGCGAACCUACGAGGAGAUCCAGCCUCUGCUCCAAUCUGCGAAGGAGCUUAGCCCGCGAAAAUUCUACGAACUCCAGGCUUACAGCAAGUAUCGCUUCCCCGACCGAGCAACAACGGCUGAGGAGAGUGCCCCUGCUAAAGAAGACGAUACGCGGGAGUCCAGCGGAAAAGUUUGGCUUCAAGAAAAGCCUUUCAAGGAUGAACUGGGCGCUCGGCUCUUCGCCACCAAAGCCCUUGCCUUCGAGACUACCGUCGCGGGAUUACGAAUGUUCGGUGUACAGGCUAUUGGGCCGCAGUCGCUGCGAGAAAUGGCAGUUAGGGCUCAAGGGAGCCAGGACAUUGUAGCUCGGUUGCGAGAACUUCACAGAGCGGGCAUCUCCAUUGGCGAUUCGGUUUUCGCACGACUAAUCCGUAAAUUGGCGUCGGAAAAUCGCGACAUACUUCUGUCGGACUUACUCCAUAGCGAUCAGCAUCCCGAUGUACUGGAAGAUGCGGUGAUGCAAGAGUCGCUGUUAAUAUCGUAUUAUAUCGCUCGCGACUGGCGUCCUUACAAUAUGACGCUUGCCAUACUGACAGAAAUAUUUGACGACGGGUCUAAACUGAGCAAUAUCCACUUUCGCAAAUUCAUCGCCUCGGGAGAAUGGGCUUCGGCGUCUAAAAUGUUGGACGAAAUGACACUGAACGGUCAGAAACUCGCCAAAGAAAGCGUGGACUUUAUGAUCAAGCAUACUCUUACUCCGCGUCGACCAGGAGUUGGACCACUCCAAGGGACAGAUGUCUCAUCCAGCAAAGAAGUUUCUUUUGUGUUCCGUGUUUUGCAGCGCGUCGUUCCAAUGGGCACAUCCGUGUCUCCUGAUCUGUGGAUUGAGAUGCUGAAACGACUUGGGAUGACGAAUCAAUGGGAUGAGCUUCGCAGAUGCUGUCUUUGGCUCGCUCGCCAAUAUUCCGCUGCUCCGAAACCGAGCGAUGCAGUUUCUCUCAUCAUUAAUUCUACGGACCGCCCAAGGCGUGAAGCUGGCGGUGUUUCUCGGGAUGAUGGCGACCGAAUGUUGCAAGCUGUCUUUAGCAAAAACAUGCAGGCAGCUAUUGUCGCGUGGGGAUUCAAAAUGCGAGUGUCUCCAAAUCCCGAUCACGAAGGUUAUAGUGCCUUAGGACUUGAGAACCUUGUACCCUGGGUACGAGGUUUAGUGCUUCUGCGCGAACUGGAGCACAACGGCAUCCGUCUUUGGCACAGCUGGAUUCGUCGGGCCUGCCGACAUCGCUUGGCUGUUCUCUUCGGCCACUCAAGGCAAUCUAGCCGACACAUGAACCGUAUGCUACGAAGGGAAUGCCCCUAUUCUCCAGAGCGUGUGAUUGCAGACAUGGACCGUGUGUGGGGGAAUCCACCCCUUUUCAACGGUCAGCAAGACGAUGAUUUGUCCCAGCUGGUCAAUCCUCCAAGUUCGAACAUGUCUCAACGCAGGACCGGACGAACACUAUGGAGAGAAGCUCGCCUAAAAGGAGCGGCAUUCGUCAAAACCAAAUGA